ACCACUCAAAGAUAAUGCAUCGAGCCAUUGUCUGGCGAGGUCCUUCGUGGUGGAUUAUGAUGGGCUUUGAGUUGGCAAUCGUUGCCGCGGGCUCGGUCAGGCAUGUCCUUUAAUUUUACAAAGAUGGCGCGAUCACUUUUGUUCCCCAUAAUGGGUCUCGGCUGCGCGAUUUGGGGCUCCUGCAGAAGUAUCGUCGGUGCUACAUACAUGUUGCCAUUGAGUCAUGGACGUGCACCAGUCUACAACUUAUGCAAUGGCGAAACGAGGACCCCAGCUUGGCGCCAUGGCAAUGGACAGACGGCCAGCACGAUCAACUUGCCGGCUGGGGAAAAUCAGCUAGCGGUCCGUCGCGCGUGGCUACUCGGCAGGAUUCGGGCCAUCAAAAUAGAGACCAGGUACCUUGCCGUCAAUGUCGCCUCAGUAUCCCUAGUGUUUCAGCAUCGUAGGCCAAGCAUUCGGUGAGAAGUGGUUCGUGCACUAUCCACGCACCAAAGGGGGGCCCAGGUGGGUGGGGAAGGCGAGUUACUGCGCGACUCUAGUGGAACGAGCACUACGGAGUAGACCACGGAAUAGUAUGCCGAACUGGAAAGCCCGGUUGGGUAGUUCCAUACAUAGAUCAGUAGUCACCGACUGGCCGUAGCCGCGUGACGGAUAUAGGAGCA